AUGUGGAGACGGACUUACCUGCUGCUGCUGGUGAUUCGUGUUUACUUUGCGCUCUCGCCCAGCUAUCUACAUCCUGAUGAGAAUUUCCAGGGCCCCGAGGUUUAUGCUGGUCGGGUCCUCGGCUACCCCUCCAAGCUUCCUUGGGAGUUCACCGCCGAACAUCCCAUAAGAAGCGUGUUCCCGAUAUGGCUGAUCUACGAGGUUCCCAUGAGCCUGAUGAAAUGGUUCUACACGGAAACGGGUGGUGGCAGUCCACCCCCUCAACUGGUGUACUACACUUUGCGUGGUGGCAUGUUCCUGCUGAGUUUUGUACUUGAGGACUGGGCUGUGUAUGAGUUGGUGCCAUCCCCGCGCGACCGUCGCGCAACAGUUGUCCUGGUGGCCUCGUCAUAUGUCACCUGGACAUAUCAGACGCACACUUUCUCCAACUCUCUGGAAACCUUAUUGGUCGCCUGGAGCUUGGUUUUAAUUCGCCGCAUACUCGAGAACAAGCAACGCUCUUCUUACUUCUCGUAUGCCGUGUUUUCCUUCAUCAUUGUGGUCGGAAUUUUCAAUCGCAUCACUUUCCCCGCGUUCUUACUCAUUCCUGGUCUGCAAUUGUUGCCAUACUUCAGGCGCAAACCAAGCUCGCUUCUCGCUAUUGUUGGAUUCGGCAUCUUCUUCACUCUGAUCGCAAUCACCGACGACACAAUCUUCUACCGCCCGUCCUUUUCCUUCCUCGCUGGCGUGCGCCAUCCCGUCAUCACACCAUUGAACAACCUUCUCUACAACUCCGAUACCUCCAACCUCGCUAACCACGGCCUCCAUCCACGCCACCAGCAUUUCACAGUGAACCUCAUUCAGCUGCUUGGACCAGCCUACAUCGUCAUGAUUCUCUCCAUCUUCCGCAAACCAUCUAUUCCGAAGUGGUUGCGCAAUGUGCGGGCAACCUCCGCCCUCUCCGCAACCCUCCUCCUCUCUAUUUUCCCCCACCAAGAACCACGCUUCCUCAUCCCGUGCGUCCCUCUCAUCCUCAGCUGCAUUCGGAUCCGGCGGUCGCGCAUUUUCCUCGCAGCUUGGAUCAUCUUCAACGUAGCCAUGGGCUUCCUCAUGGGCGUCUAUCAUCAAGGGGGUAUCGUCCCUGCCCAGCUGGCCAUGCGCGACAUCAUCUCCACCAACACCGCUUCACAGGGUGUCAAGUCGAACCCAGAUACGUCGGUAUUCUGGUGGAAGACAUAUUCCCCUCCGCACUGGCUGCUCGGUGCUGGGAAUAGUUCCACACCUGCGAUCGCCACUCUCGAUCUGAUGGGUAUUUCGGGCCUAGAGCUUAUUCGACGUCUGGACCAGGCGGUACCGCCAUGUGGGACCAUCUCGCCGGUUUACCUUGUCGCGCCGACGUCGGCAAAUUUCCUGGACGAGUACACCGCUACAGGAACUCCUCGUACGCCAGAUCUUCAACUCUACCGCCUGUGGAGUUACCGCAAACAUCUCAAUUUGGAUGAUUUGGACUUUGGGGACGACGGCGUGGUUCCGACCCUGAAGCGGGUUGUUGGCCGACGUGGCCUGGGGGUUUACUCUGUCCGGCGAAGCUGCAAAUAA